AUGUCGGCGACACCCGAUCGCGCGCUGCCGGCGUGCGCGGGACAUCGCGCGAUUCGCGUGGGAAACGACGUCUACGUCGUCGGCGGGCGGUUCAAGGGCGGAACGUCGCCGUCGUCGUCCUCGAUUUCUGUGUUCAAAAUGAUUCUUCGAGAUGGUUUAGAUGAGGUGGAGUGGAUUCGCGUCGAGACGCGAGGCGAACAGAAGCCGGUGGCGCGCAGAGGCGCGUCGGUCACCGCGACGGGCGGGAACAGGCUCGUCGUCUUCGGCGGCGAAGACGAAGAGGGUAGGUUCUUGAAUGACGCUUGGAUCUUAGACAUGACGUCGCUCGAGUGGGAGCACGUGCACGCGCCCGGUGGGCACCCGCCGGAGCCGCGAGCGGACCACGCGGCGGCGAUGUGGGGACCGGACGCGCUGCUCGUGUUCGGCGGCACGGGACGAUCGACGAAAUGUUUCGACACUUUACACGUUUUGGAUUUAGCGUAUCACAAGUGGACGCAACUCACUCCUCGCGACGGGCCCUCGGCCCCGCCUCGAGCCGGGCACGCCGGCGCAUUACUUCGAGACGGGCGUUACUGGGCGCUCAUCGGCGGCGGGAACAACGUGCGCGGCUUGGACGUGUGCACGGUGCUCGAUUUAGAAGAGAUGACUUGGGUGUCGCCGGACGCGCUUCCGAGUCCUCCGGUCGUGGGCGAGGGCAUGACUCUGUGCGCGCUCAGUACGCCGGAUGGCUCGGAUGACGUCAUCAUCGCGUUCGGCGGAUACAACGGGAACUGUCAAAACGACACGCAGGUAUUACGCCUCGCGGCUGAUUUCCCGUCGCGCGGAGCCGAAGCGGACGACGACGACGCGCGAAAAGUCGCAGAAAAUGAUACGAGGAGCGACGAAGAAGAGUACGGUGAAGACGACGACGACGGCGAUGACGACGAUGACGACGACGACGAGAGAGAUAUACGAGACGAAGAAAACGACGAGAUCUCCGCCGCGGCGGUCGCCGAGCGCGUGUUGGCGUCGAUCGAUCUCGAUACGGAUCCGCCAAAGGCUGCCACCUUUUUCGGUAUCGGCGCCUCCGUCGACGCCUUACGAAACGAAAAUACCGACCUCCGAGUCGCGUUACGCCGUCUUCGAUCCGACGCCAAGCGCCUCGCGCGCGCGCACCUCCACGACGAGCGGCGCCGCUCCGAGCUCGAGCGUGACCUCUCGCGCGAGCGCGAGCGCGCGAGCGAGCUCGAGCGAAAAUUAGCCAUCCUCGCCGCCCAGUUCCACGCCAGCGUCCCCGGAGACGCCGCGUUGCUCUGA